AUGAAGAGAGAAGAAAUAGAUGAUAGUAACGAUUGCCGCAUCUACCACGAUGACUUCCGCGGCGGCAGACAUAGGCCCAUAUCUGCACCGCCAGUGGAUAAGUUCUUCAUUGAGGAUGAAGUGGAGCUUGGGGAUAUACAAACAGAUUUGAACUACUCUAUUUUUUACAGAAGAAAUUGUAAGAACGAGCCUCGACUGCAACCACCGAGCUUUUUUAUAAGGGGGCAAAGCGGAUAUUGGGCUAGCCAAUAUGAUGACUUGAUAACCAAGGCGUUCUCAAACACCGGGUUUUUUGACAUAAAGGUUACUGGAGAGUCCUCUGCGGAGCUGGAAAAUAACAGGUCUCUUGCAGAAAGAAUUGACGAGGAUUACCCGGAAUCUGAGAAGAGUAGUGAGUAUAAGGGCACAUCAAGAGCAACAACACCCAUAGGGAAUAUGAAUGUAUUAGAUACCGAGGCAUUUAGUGCGAUGCUAAAUCUCAAGGGGGGAAAAGGAACAGAAACCACUUCCCAAGGAAGCCGUCCCUCUCCUCCCGAUGGGGGUAUUGAAGGAAUUCCUAUGGACAGCAAGUUUCUGAGAGAGCUCCUAGAAGUAUACGAGGAGCAAAGUGGAAGAGGAAGUAAAAACAUAUUUGGAGGUAAUACCAUGAAAGAGAUAUGUAUCAAUGUAAGCAAAGACCAGGAGGGAAGCAGAUGCAUCCAAAGAAAAAUGGACAGCAUUUCUAGGGAGGAGAUUUCAUGGUUCUUCAAUAAUAUUGUAGAAGCGGCAUCGGAAUUAUCUGCUAAUCUGUUUGGAAACUACGUCGUUCAAAAGAUUAUACCUCUUUUAACCGAAGGAGAGAGAACAAUAUUAAUAACAAAGCUGGUUGGGCAAAUUCAUCUUCUUUCUGUUCAUCCUUAUGGAUGCAGAGUGGUACAAAAGCUGGUGGAUGUUUCUUCGGAUGUUGAUUUUAUCCUAGAGGAGGUAAAGGGCAACUUACUAGAACUAAUAGAGGAUCAAAAUGGAAACCAUGUUAUUCAGAAAUGCAUAGAGAAGUGUAAAGACAGGAAAAUUAUCCUACAACAAUUUUCCGAGAACUCUCUGUUUCUGGCCACUCACAAGUACGGGUGUAGAGUCAUUCAGAGAAUGCUCGAGUUCUGCAAGAAGGACGAAAUCAAAGGUAUUGUGGAAGUCCUCAUAGGAAACAUAAAGACACUUGUUGAUGACCAGUACGGGAAUUAUGUUAUACAACAUAUUCUGGCAGUUGGAAAAGAAGAAGAAAGGAACCUUGUCAUCGAAAGAAUAAUUGAAAAGAGCUAUGAGCUAAGUAAAUGCAAGUUCUCAAGUAACGUUGUUGAGCAAUGUGUUAAGCUUUCAAACAAUGGCCAAAGAGAGCAGUUUCUGGAGAAAUUCUUGGAGCCUGUAGGUGGUAAGCCUGGGAUGUAUUCUAUGUGCACCGACAUGUACGGGAACUAUGUUGUGCAGCGUCUGUACGAUUCCUCUGGAGAAGGAGUACGGAAAGAGAUUAAGAACACACUAAGGCCUUUUGUCAAGGACCUCAAAAAAUCUCCGUUUGCAAGACAUAUCCUCUUCAAAAUCAACACAUGA